AUAGUGAAUUUAUGAUAACUUUCAAAAUAAAAUGUCAAGGAUAAAGCCGCUUUGUGUAACGGAAGGACUCCGGGAUCUUAUAAAAAAUCUUACAAAGGAAAUUUUAAAUAAAAAACCUCUAAAUAUUUAUGAGUUUUCGGCGAAUUAUUUUGAGUCUGUGAUUGAUGAAAGAGAAGUCUUUAAUAAGUACCAAAACUUUGAAGCAAUUCUAAAUUAUGAAACUACAAUAAUAAAAAGCAGCGCUGUUUCACUUCAAACACAAGUUCCUCUUUCUCUUCUUCGUGGUAUAAUUCCUGAAGAGUUAUUUGAGCUUAUAAAAGAGUUUAUCAAAGCUGUUUUACGUACAAAUCCAGACAACAUUUGUGAAUUCGCAUUCCAAUAUUUCAAUAAAUUAAAAGAACAAUAUUAUGGAACAAAUUGUUUAGUAGAAUAUGGUUCGUACGAAAAUUACCUUAAAACUACACAGGACUUUUCAACCUAUGCAGAUGAAAAAUGUACUUGUGGCCGAUUUCUUACUCAAAGGCAGAAGAACCAAAAUGUUCACUCCGAUCUUAAUGACCCUAGAAAUUCUAGUGAGAUAAGACAUAUAGAUUUAUCAGCAUUCAAUAAAAUCAAUAAUCAAGAAUUUAAAACUGUCAAGUUAAUAAGUAAAAAAAAUACUAAAAUUAUUUGCGAAUUAGAUAUGUAUAAGCAGCAAAAGUACAUAUCUGCUAUUGUUAUUAUUCAACGUUUCUUCCGACAUAUUUUAAGACUACGAAAACCUGAAACACUUAUUAUAAAAGAAAUUGUUACUAAAGAGCUAAGCGAGCCAUCCAACAUUAAAGUUUCUCCGGGGCUAACCUAUAGAGAUACAUCGAGCUGCAACAAUGAAAUUUUCAGAGGUACAAACUUACCAAGGGCAAAUAAAGUACAAGUAGAACGGACUGUGACUAUGGCAUACAUUAAGUACAUGAGGACUUGUUCAAUAUAAUGAAAAAACUUUCACGAACAAAGGAUACAUUAUUUCCGGUAUCAAAAUCAAGGGAAGUGCAUUUCAGAUUUACUUUUGAAAAUUAAUUUUGGAAAUCUUAACUGAAAACUGAUUUUUUUGGCAUUGAUACUUAUUUAAAGACUCGGCAAAACUUCAACCAAUGGGAAGAAGACUGAUAUCCCGCAACAAGACCAUUUUUCCAUUAAAAUUCUCAGUCAUAAUUAGUGCUUCAAUAUUACUUCCGGAGCGGAUUUCACCAAUAUUUAACAUGAGGAGGUCGAAAAUGCAGAAUUGAGCAUUUUCAUUGUUAAAUGAGA